GUUGACGUCAUCCAUCCCAUCUUCUGCAGAUAUAUAACUCGAACACAAGUCAUUCUACAGCUAGGCUUUCACCGUCUUCGUCUAUACUCGCGGAAUCUGGACAAGAAAACUGAAUCGCACAAAUAACUUUUAUCUAUACGACACAUCACCGUUCAUCAUGGCAUCCGCGAUUGUGGUUGGCGCAACUGGCAUUCUUGGCCGGGAGAUUGUGAAGGAACUUUCCCGAAAUCCAGAGGAAUGGACGACAAUUUAUGCCCUCUCCCGGAGCAAGAAGGAUGAGUACCCGUCGAAUGUUGUGCACAAGCACAUCGACCUCCUAAGCUCGUCAGACCAGAUGGCCAAGGACCUACAGGGAGUCGAAGCUGAGUACAUUUUCUUCGCCGCCUAUCUCCAGAAGGACACCGAGCAGGAGAAUUGGGAAGUCAACGGCGACAUGCUCUCCAACUUCCUCACCUCCCUCCAGCACACCAAAACCAAGCGCAUCCUCCUCGUCACCGGCGCAAAGCAGUACGGCGUGCACCUCGGCCCCCCGAAAAAACCCCUCCUCGAAUCCGACCCCUGGCUCCCGACGCCCCCCUACCCGCCCAACUUCUACUACCGCCAGCAAACCAUCCUCCACACCUUCUGCCACGCCCACCCGGGAAUCCACUGGACCGUCACCUACCCCAACGACGUAAUCGGCUUCGCCACCGGCAACUUCAUGAACCUCACCACCGCCGUCGGCCUCUACGCCGCCAUCACCCACGAACUCAACCAAACCCAAACCAGUCACCAACCCCCCAACCAAACCCAAACCACCCCCCAAACCACCACCACCCCCCCAAAGGGGGGUAGUCCCCUCCCCUUCCCCGGCUCCCCCACAUUCUACACCAGCCUCGACACCUUCACCUCGGCCGCCCUGCACGCCCAAUUCAGCCUAUGGGCCAUCCGCGCCCCGCGCGCAGCAGACCAGGCGUUCAACGUGGUCAACGGCGACGCACAGAGCUGGAUGGAGCUGUGGCCGCGCGUGGCGAGGCGGUUUGGGAUGGUUGUCCCAAAGGAUCAGUUCCAGGCCGGGGUGGGGGCCCGGGGGGUGGCGGCGGUUGGGGGGGCUAGUGGGGCCGGGGGUGGUGUUGAUGUUAGUGGUGCUGUUAGCAGUGGUGUUGGUGGUGGUGGUGUUAGUGGUGGUGUUAGUGGUGGUGUGGGUGGUGAUGUGAGUGGUGGUGUUAGUGGUGGUGUGAGUGGUGGGGUGCGGGCGGGGGAGGGGUGUGAGGGGAGGACGGAGCUCGGGGCCACGCCGCCGCUGAGCGCGGUUGCGGAGGAGGCUGGGUUGGUGGGCGCGGCGGUGGUGAAGGGGGGCGUGCUGGAGCAGAGGGUGAGUUUGGAGAAGUGGAGUCGGAAGGGGGAGGUGAGGGAGGCGUGGGAGAGGUUGGCGGAGCGGGAGGGCCUGCGGAGGGAGGCGUUUGAGCAGGCGACGUGGGCGUUUGCGGAUUUCGUGUUGGGGCGGAAUUAUGAUAUCGUGCAGAGCAUGAGCAAGGCGAGAGCCGCGGGGUGGACGGGAUACAAGGACACGUGGGAGGCCUUCUCGGAGGUCUUUGACGAGCUUGAGGAGGCGAAGGUGUUGCACAAAAUACGCUGAGCUGCGCCGGCUAUCGGUCGUCGUUGUUGGAGGCUAGCUGGUUGGAUGUCUGGGCGAUACGAUCUCACCUCAGUUCCUGGUUUCGUUCAGGGGUAAAGCUUUUU